AUGCAGGCGGAGAGAGUGGUGGAGGCGGAAGAGGUCAAGCGCCGGGAGGCAGCGGUGGUGGAGGACGUCAAGAAUCUCUUCAAAAGGCUGGAACUAGUCGGCAGAGGCGCCUAUGGUGCCGUGUAUCGAGGUCAGCAUAUUCCCACUGGGAAUGCAGUGGCUCUCAAGGUCGUCAAUCUAGAUACUCCUGAUGACGACGUCAGCGACAUCCAGAAAGAGGUCGCGGUGUUGAGCCAGCUGAGAGAGGCGGAGUCGAAGAAUGUCGUGAGAUACUGGGGCUGCUGGCUCAAGGGUCCAGAGCUGUGGAUAGUCAUGGACUAUGCCGAGGGAGGAAGUAUUCGGACAUUGAUGCGAGGUGGUCCGAUAGUGGAGCAGCAUGCGGUGGUCAUUGUUCGUGAGACCUUGAUUGCUCUAGCGUAUCUGCACAAGUCCGGUAUCAUCCAUCGUGACAUCAAAGCAGCGAACAUCCUCCUCACCAAUGCGGGCAAGAUCUUGCUUUGCGACUUUGGUGUGGCAGCCUCGCUGGUAUCAUCAGCCUCAAAAAGGACGACGUUCGUCGGGACACCUUAUUGGAUGGCACCCGAGGUGAUCACAACCGGUAAAUCGUACGAUCAGUCUGCCGACAUUUGGAGCUUGGGUAUCACUAUCUACGAGAUGGUGAUGGGCAAUCCACCUCUGGCCGAGAUAGAGCAGAUGAGAGCGAUCAUGCUUAUACCCAAGAAUAAGCCCCCACGAUUGCCCCUCGAAGGCAAGUUCUCCCCGCUGAUGAGAGACUUUGUGGCCACCUGCCUAAACGAAGAGGCCAAAGAGCGGCCCAAUGCAGAGGAGUUGAGCAAGCACAAGUGGAUCAAGGGGAGCGCCAAGACCGGUCCGGCUGUAUUGAAGGAGCUGAUCACUGCCUAUACUGCCUGGACCAAGACUGGUGGAACUCGUUUGUCUUUGACAAUCACGAUGGCACCGAUGAUUGGGAGUUUGGCACGUUCAAAGGCGAUGCAGCACCAGCACUGA